CCCUCCGCCCUCCGCUCUCCUCCCGCUCGCCGUUAGGGAGGCUCUGCGCCUCAGCCGCUGCCUCCGUCGCCGCUCACAUCCCCUCUUCCGCGUCUCUGCCGCCGCCACCGCCGGGGGCAUCCAGGGGUCGCUUACCGGGCUGGCCCCGCGCCACAACAGUCGCUUCAGCCUCUCGCCAGUGGCCGCCACAGGAAGAGGCUCGCCGGCUGCGGAACCACUUGGGGCCUCAGUUCUUGCCUUCUUGCGGUUGCCGCGGGUCCUGGAGAAGCGGCAGCGGCCGGGGAACGGGGCGUCGCGGUUCCAACGAUUAACUGCUGAAGUACUGAUCGAGUUCUGCGUUUCUUCAAUGAGGAACUACAGGCUGAUCUUCUGCCAUAAUCUCAAACAGCCAUAAAUGACAAAAGAAUGCUUGCUCAGUGAGGGUAGCUGGUGCAGAAGCCAUUUUUUAAACUUAGGUGUUUAAGUACUCGAAGAAAAGACAGCUUUGAUUUCUGGCUGCAAAAAAGAUAUGAGGAAGAGCUCCUCCCCUUCCUUGAGUAACUGCAACUCCGUUCUUGCUAACAAAAUAUUUGGAAUUCCACUUGAUGAGCUGCAGCAGGGAGGACAUCCAGACAAUGAGGUUCCGUUCAUAGUCCGCCACGUAGUGGACUAUAUUGAGGAACAUGGAGGUCUGGAGCAACAAGGACUUUUUCAAGUCAAUGGAAAUGCUGAGACAGUGGAGUGGCUUCGGCAGAGAUACGACAGUGGAGAAGAGGUGGAUUUGGUUAAGGAAGCAGAUAUUCCCUCAGCUAUUAGUCUUCUUAGAUUUUUCCUUCAAGAACUUCCUGAACCUGUUAUCCCUGGCAGUUUGCAUAUUCACUUGAUACAGCUUUCUCAAGAUUAUAAUAAUGAAGAUGAAUUUGGAAGAAAGUUGAGGUUCCUCUUGCAACAGCUUCCACCUGUUAAUUACAGUUUGUUAAAGUUUCUGUGUAGAUUUUUAGCCAAUGUAGCGUCACAUCAUGAAGAAAUUUGGUCUGCAAACUCUUUGGCUGCUGUCUUUGGUCCAGAUGUCUUCCAUAUUUACACAGAUGUGGAAGAUCUGAAAGAACAAGAAAUAGUGAGCAGGAUAAUGGCUGGACUUCUGGAAAAUUACUAUGAGUUUUUUGAGAAUGAAGAGGAAGAUUUUUCAUCUAAUGAUUUGAGUUCCAUUACUGAACAGGCAGGUAGCAGCGUUCUCCACAAACUGGAGUCUGGAGAGCAGGCAUUUCACGAGGCUCUAGAGAAGGGAAUUACAGCAGUCAAAGAACGAAGAGAUGUUAAUGAACUUUCUGAGGAAGAAGAAGAUGAAAAGCUAGAACAUAUAGAAGAACUUCCAGAAGAGGGUGCAGAAAAAUCAGAUGACAUGCCAGAGGUGGUACAAUUAAGGAUGACUGAAGAUAUCCUGGAACCAAAUAGUGUUACAGCAUCAACAAGUGCCCCUAUAUCUCCCAUCAACAUCUUACCAGCCUCUGAGGACAUUUUAGAAAGAACGAUUAGAGCAGCUGUGGAACAGCACCUUUUUGAUCUGCAGAGCAGCAUAGAUCAUGAUCUUAAGAAUUUACAACAGCAAAGUCUGGUGUGUAAUAAUGAAGCAGGAAGUGUUAAUUGUGAUGGGGAAGGAUCUAAUAACCAGAUUGGUAUUGCUGAUGAUAUUAUUAAUGCCAGUGAAAGUGACAGAGACUGUUCAGAACCUGUGACUAGCACUAAUUUAGACAAUGAAGUUAUGCAACAAGAUUUUGUAUUUGAGGAUGAAGAAAAUAACCAGUCUGUAGGUGUACUGUUAGAGCCGUGCAGCGACCAUGGGGAUAGUGAAGAUGGCUGUCUUGAGAGGAAAGAAUAUUUCCCAUUUGACAGUGAUAAAUUGUCACACUUGAUUCUGGAUUCUAAUAGCAAGAUAUGUGAUUUGAAUGCCAACACUGAAUCAGAAGUGCCAGGAGGUCAAAGUGUUGGUGUUCAAGGGGAAGCAUCAUAUGUCCAAAUUCCACAUUUAGAUCUGAAGAAUGUUUCUGAUGGUGAUAAAUGGGAAGAGCCGUUUCCUGCUUUUAAGUCUUGGCAGGAAGACUCUGAGUCUGGAGAAGCUCAGCUCUCUCCACAAGCUGGAAGAAUGAAUCACCACCCCCUGGAAGAGGACUGUCCUCCAGUGUUGUCACACCGUAGUUUAGAUUUUGGGCAAAGCCAGCGUUUCCUACAUGAUCCAGAAAUGUUGGAUUCCUCAUCUAAAGCACUUUCUUUUGCUAGGAUUCGAAGAUCAUCCUUCAGUUCUAAAGAUGAUAAAAGAGAAGACAGAACACCCUAUCAAUUAGUCAAGAAACUUCAGAAAAAAAUCAGACAAUUUGAGGAACAGUUUGAAAGGGAAAGAAAUAGCAAGCCCUCCUACAGUGAUAUUGCAGCCAAUCCAAAGGUAUUAAAAUGGAUGACAGAGCUUACCAAGCUGCGGAAGCAAAUUAAAGAUGCAAAACACAAAAGCUCUGAUGGAGAAUUUGUACCUCAGACACGUCCACGUAGUAAUACUCUUCCAAAAAGCUUUGGCUCUUCUCUAGACCAUGAAGAUGAAGAGAAUGAAGAUGAAGCCAGGGUUAUUCAGAAGGAGAAGAAGCCUUCUAAGGAAGCAACACUUGAACUUAUUUUGAAAAGACUGAAGGAAAAACGUGUCGAGAGGUGUCUUCCAGAAGAUAUCAAAAAAAUGACAAAAGAUCAUUUGGUAGAAGAGAAAACUUCUCUCCAGAAAAGUCUUCUUUAUUAUGAAAGUCAACAUGGAAGGCCGGUGACCAGGGAAGAAAGGCACAUUGUUAAACCUCUCUAUGAUAGAUACAGACUUGUAAAACAGAUGCUGACAAGAGCUAGCAUCACUCCUGUCCUUGGAUCUCCAUCCACCAAGCGAAGGGGUCAGAUGUUACAGCCCAUCAUAGAAGGAGAAACUGCACAUUUUUUUGAAGAAAUCAAGGAAGAAGAAGAAGAUGGUGUUAGCCUGUCGUCUGAGUUAACUGAUAUCUUGAAAACUGCUGUACAGGCACAGUCUUCAUUGGAAAACCCAGAAUCUGAUGUUGAAGAAAAUCAAGAAAAACUGGCUCUAGAUCUCCGAUUAUCAAGUACUCGAGCAGCUUCUAUGCCUGAAUUACUGGAACAACUAUGGAAAGCCAGAGCUGAAAAAAAGAAACUACGUAAAACAUUACGGGAAUUUGAAGAAGCAUUUUAUCAACAGAAUGGCAGGAAUGCCCAGAAGGAGGAUCGUGUUCCAGUACUUGAGGAGUACAGGGAGUACAAGAAAAUUAAAGCCAAGCUUAGGCUUCUUGAAGUUCUUAUCAGCAAACAAGAUUCUUCAAAAUCCAUAUAAAACAUGCUCCUUGAAAACAUCAUAAAAUCAGUUGUAUUCCUUGAAGCUGUCAUCAUGUGUACGUGGCUAGUACUUUCAUUCAUUUUGUCAGGCACUCAGAGAAUCUCAUUCUGUCCUUGCUUGUGGUGCCACUAGAGAAGUGAUGGGAGGGUGAGUAGGCCCUCUCUAGAGAGGGCCAUGUUCCGUAUUAACCGCAGACUGUCCUCUCUACCUUUAGCGUAAUCCACUUUUCUUCAUUGUUUUGUACUACAGAUACAUCGUGUUAGUAAAAGACUGAUAUUUUAUCUUUUCAACUUCAAGAACUUUGGAGAUAGAAGCUUUUUUUUUAUUACCAACUUUAUUGUUUUGUUUUUCAUUACUCAAGAAAAGUGAGAGGAAAAUCUUCACAUUGAAUUCUUCAGUUGCCUUUUUCUUACAGAAUGACUGAAAAUUUGAAAGAAAAGCCUAUAAAUGUGCACAUAUGCAACUAUGUUCUCUGUGUUCCUAAAAAACCAAAAUCAACUGAAAUUUCAAGUCCUGCUGUGGAACAUGUUUCUGUUUAAUUCCCAAAGUGACACUUUCUCACAGGUAGUAUGUUAGCAAAAUUUUGCAAUUCAGUAGUCACACAGCUCCUGGAUGAAGAUAACAGUGGGUAGACCAAAAAGUGACCUUGCUUAUUAGUGUAGUGAAAACACACACCGCACAUCACACAGAACUGAAUCAUAUCACAUGCUGCCUUUGGGACUUAAGUUACUGUUUGUUCCCUCAAUUACAGUUUAUCAGCUGGUGAUGAUAUGAUUUGCUUGGAUUAGAUCCUUUGUUUUUUUCCCCUACCCACCUCCAGAUAAUGUGAGAAAAUAGCCAUGUCAGUAUGUAGGAACUCUGAUGGUGCUCGGAUUUGUGUGUUCAAUCAAAUGGGCUUAAAUUGGCAAAAGAAUCAUUACGCCUGUUCUGUUCUUAACAAGGGCUAUACCACUGCAUUUUUACAUGUACCUUCAGGGGGUUGCAUCAUUUUUUUCUUUUUUAAUUAGCAGAAUCCAUAAAAUAUCCUCUAAAGGGACCACCUUUUGCUCAGUCACAGCUGUUGAAAGCAGCUGGCUGCAAGAUGUAUAGUGGUGUGCCCCUUGUCAUAUACUCUCAGCAUAUCUUUUUUUCUUUGGCUUUGCAUGGCUUUUCUUCAGGAUCUUUCCUGUUGUAGUCUAAUUAUUUUCAUAGAAUGGUGACUUUAUUCGUGCUAAUAACAUAAUAGUCAUUAAUAGCAUGUUCCAGUCAGGCUUAAUCUAAGUAUUAAUUUUCUUCCUGGGUGCUUUUUUGUACUGAUGAGUGUCUCACUUUGUGCCCAUGUUUUGCAUGCAGUGACUCAUGCAUGGUUUUCUUAACUAGCUAAUGUCCAUAAUUUGGUCCAUACAAAAGUGGACUUUCAACAGCAUUCUUUAAUAAUGUGAGGGAAGCAUGAACCUCAGACUUCUGGCACUAUUACAUGAACUGGCUUGAUGAUAGCUCAUGAAGUAGCUUGAUAAUAAGUAGCAUAUCUAAUAGUUCACAUUUCACCUGUGUGUGCAAUGCCUUUUUUGGGGGAGAGGGAGUAUUCAUUGGUAAUGAACAUAUAGUUGGGGAAUAAAGCACUAAAUCCAGCCCUUUUUGUGUGGUGUCCUUUUGAUACAGCUAAGUUUUUCGUAAUGUAUACCUGAAAAAGUGAAGUAAAAAACACCAAAAUAUGUUAUGACUUUGAUUUAAAUUCAUUAUGCAGUGUACAUUUAGUUCAUUUCUUUCAGUCUCCAGACAGGAGUAUAUCUAAACAUCUAAUUUAAUGUGCACUGUAUAUUGUUUUAUAUGAAUGUUUUAUUUUAUAUACCACAUGCAGAAAUGUCCAUAUGCACUAUUUAAAUGUUUUAAAUAAUAUAUUCCUUCUUUAUAAUGCUAAAUCUAUAUGAGUACCAUAUUUUUAUAAGUCAGUGGCCUGACUGGUUUCAUUUUAGAAUUAACAGCUGCUUCAUGAUGUUGGUUAUUCUCUAUUAAUGUUUGGCUGCAAAUAGAAUAGGUAGAAGUGGCAUGGCAGCACCGUGUGACAGUAUUGUGUGUCAUAGUUCAGCAGUAAGUGGUAGAAUCAGGCAGUUUGUGAUAGUUUUACUUUGGUACAAGUAAAAACUGUAUAUCUAUAUACAAAUAAUAUAUAGAUAUAUAUGACCACCAGUAUAACUGCAUUGCUGUGUCUGGCACUUCAUUGUAUAGACUUUUGUAAUAAAAGAACUUUAAUGUUCUAA